CAUCAAACUGAUCAAACACAUAAGCUCCAAGUCAUUUUUCAUCUUCACCCAAAGAUCACAAUCUCUUUAAAAGUCUCUAGUUUUCCCAAUUUUCAUCUCUACUUUUACAUUUUAGUCGAACACAACUACUUUAUCCUUUGCAAGCAGCUUUUCAAACGCCCUUUUACACUAUAACACCAAUGGAGAAGCUACAAAAGAUGAUCUCCGAGAAGUCGGUAGUGAUCUUUAGCAAGAACUCUUGCUGCAUGUCGCACACAAUCAAGACUCUCUUCUUAGACCUUGGCGUGAACCCAACGAUCUAUGAGCUAGACGAGAUCAACAGAGGAAAAGAGAUAGAGCAUGCAUUGGCUCAACUUGGCUGCAGUCCGACCGUGCCAGUGGUGUUCAUAGGAGGGCAGCUUGUUGGUGGAGCCAAUCAAGUCAUGAGUCUCCAUCUCAAUCGUUCUCUCAUUCCAAUGCUUAAACGCGUUGGGGCUUUAUGGCUUUGAUCAAAUAUUAUAAAGGAAUAGUUACUUA